AUGUCUAAUAGGAAAGAAAUAAAGUACAAGAAUGAACUGCAGGCAAAGUUUCAGUAUGCCAUAAGUCAAUCAAACAGUAAGGUGGCUUCGUGGGUCAUAACCCCUCAGAAAACUACAACUAGUGAGUCUGCGGACUAUGCUAACGCAUUUUUGAACCUACCGGUGAUACGACAGGGAUCUGGGCUGGGAUCUGCUAAUAAUGACGAUGCAGAUGAAGAGAGUACUAUUGGCACCAUAGGAGAUUUUGUUAAUGGUACCAAGAACCUUUCUACCAUGACCAAAAAACAGAAGAUGAAAAGUCAAGUGGAUGACAAAUUGGCCAGAAUCAACAAUCGCCACAGAGUUUCCAAAGAUGACAGUAAGGUGAUACAAUCUUUGAAAAACAAGAUGAGAAACGACGAUAGAAGGAGGUUUCGUCAAGAAAACUUGGAGAAACAGAACUCACAACGAAAUCAGAAUGAUGCCAGCGACUCGAGUGACGAAGAACAAAUCUCAAGGUCGGUGAAGAAAGGAAGUAAUCUUCUAAUUGAGGCUAAGAUGGGCAAGAGAAAGGGUAAAUAG